AUGGUUAUUGAUUUGAAUGUUAGUGAUGACGGAUUUGAUGAUGAAGAAAUUGAGAAUGAUUUUGAGGGCAAUGAAUGUAGCUUGUCUGAAGAGAUUAUAGAAUCAGAUCUCCAUCUGGAGUUUGAGUCAUAUAAGGCAAUAAGAAAUGAACUUGAGGAAAAAUUGCAGGUUGGUGUUGUUUAUGAUAGUUUGGAUGUGAUUUAUAUUUUGUACUUACAAUAUGGUGUUUUAAGUGGAUUUAGUAUUAAGAAGGGAAGCCAAAAAAGAUUCGAUAAUAGUGAUGAUCUUCGGUUAAAAGUUUAUAAUUGUUCUUGUGAAGGGUAUCCAGAUAAUAAGCGUUCGGUUGGCCGAAUUGCUUGUUACAAGAAGCAAGUUAGUCGGACGAAUUGUAAGGCAAGGUUGCGGGUCGUUAGAGGGGAAGAAGGCCUAUGGACUGUAACUGUUUUUUUUAACCAACACAACCAUGAAUUAGUGUCACCUGAUCAGUGUUAUACGUUGAGGUCGGCUCGACAGAUGUCACAUGCCAAGAAAUCUGUAUUAGACGCUCUUAGGUCAGUUGGAAUUAAGAUCAGUAGUGCCUAUAGGUUCAUGGAAAAAGAAGCCGGUGGACGACCGAAUGUAGGAUUUACCAAAAAGGAUGCAUAUGCACAUGUAAAUUUAUCCAAAAAGCAAACGAAACUUGAGAAUGGAGAUGCAAAUGCAUUAUUAAAGUAUUUCAUUGGCAAGGGAAAUAGUGAGACUAACUUUUAUUGGAAUGUAGACCUUGAUGAUGAUGGCCGGUUGAUGAACUUUUUUUUUAGGGAUACCCGGUGUGCUGUUGAUUAUGAGGUAUUUGGGGAUGUUUUGUCGAUUGAUACCACCUACCGAACCAAUAAGUAUAAUCUGUUUUGUGCACCUUUUGUUGGUAUAAAUCACCAUAGAAACAACGUCUUGUUCGGCAUGGCCUUCUUGUCUGAUGAAACAACUAAAUCAUUUGAGUGGUUGUUUAAUAGUUUUUUGGAGUCGAUGCACGGUAAAGAGCCUGGGAUUAUAUUUUCAGAUCAAUGCCAAGCACUCAUGAAUGGUUUAGAUUAUACAUUUCAGACUGCAAGUCACCGUUUGUGCCAAUGGCACAUAAACCAGAAUGCUCCGUCUCAUUUUGGUGCUCUAAAUGGUAACGCAACUUUCAAGAAGACAUGGUAUUUUUGUAUGAACGGUUGCGAGAACGAAGCUGAAUUUGAUUCUACUUGGCAGGCAAUGAUUAAAGAUUAUGAGCUCACUGAGAAUCGAUGGUUUCGCAACAUGUAUAAUUUGAGAAAGCGUUGGGCUUCUGUCUUUACCAAUGACAAGUUCACAGCCGGCUUACACGCCACCUCAAGGAGUGAGGUGACGAACAAGGUUUUGAAAGGUAUAUGUUCUGCUACAACCUCUCUGCAUGAGUUUGUGAUCCAAUACGAAAGACUACUACAUGAGUGGCGUUUGCGAGAAUCUGAAGAGGAUACUAUGUGUCGUGGUGUCCCUGGGCAAUUUAUCCAAAAUAAUAAUUUGCUCCGAAAUGCUGCGAGUGUGUACACGCGCAAUGUGUACAAAACGUUUGAAUGCGAGGUGGCUCAUUCGUUGAAUGUGAAGAUUAUUCAGCACCCUUAUGAUUUUGGUGGCGAUGAGUUAGUUUACGGAGUGUUGUCCAGUUCAUCAAUGAAUGGCCUUCGAACUGUUCAUUUUACACGUCCUACAAGUAAUGCUACAUGCUCAUGUCGAAUGUGGGAGGCUGAAGGUAUUUUGUGUCGCCAUAUACUGAAGAUUUUCUUGUUGUUGAAUAUAGAUAGUUUGCCUGCCCAAUUCAUUCUUAAUAAGUGGAGGAAUGAUGCAAAGAAUAGAAUUCUACCUUGUGAACAAAAUUUAGCAGACCAAGCAGCAGUGGAUAACAUUGGAAAUAUGGUUUUUGUUAACCAUCAUAUGAAAAUUCUUUACAACAUGAUGUUGGAGUGCAAGGGAGAUAAGAUCUGCCGGGAUGUAAUCAGUAAAUUUGUGGUGAAAUGUGUGAAAGAAGUUGACAGAUUGAAAUCUGCAAGGCCCGAAUCGAGUCAUGAUCGUGGAAGUCAAGGGACCAAUUCAGCACCUGUCAAUAUUAAAAACCCGCGAACACCGAAAAAGCGAAAGUUCCCUUCAAAACGUUUGCGUCGACAUUGGGAUUUGCCUCGUCCCAAACGUGGUGCAGACAGUUCAAAGAAGCGAACUUGUUUGGAUGAUGAUUCAGUGUCCAACUUCGACCUCUCACAGAAUGAGAAAUUGCAUUGUAGCCAAAAUUCAGGAAUCCAACAGCGAGGGCCAAGUUUGAAAGUCCGCUGCCAAUCUGUUUCCCAAACCAAAAACAUUACUGAAACGGAUGCUUCUUAUUGGAAUGGUUUUAAGGACUAAUAUUUGUCUCCAGUCAUGUUAAAUAGCUAAAACGGUA